AUGAAGCAAUUAGAAAUAGAUUAUUUUCUAUCAAACCAUGACAAUAUUUCAAAGUCUAAGAAGAAAGUCAUCAAGAGAUACCUAAGUGGAAUAAUUAGAGAAGACAAAGAUUUAGAUAUCAAACCCCUGUUUUCUCUACUAGAAGAGCAUGUUGAUCACAAUAAUGAGACAUUUGCAGCUUGGGUAAACAAAAUGAUGAACAAGAAAAAAUGUGAGAGGAACGCCGCCAGUGAACAAAUGGCAUAUUUGUGGAUGUCAAAAAAUGAAAUUCCUAAAAAUAUAAAGAAAAAGAUUAAGAAAUACAUACAAUUGAGAUUGCAAGAUGGAAAGGAUGUGGAUAUCAACCACAUUUUGCAUAUUCUUCCUCCAUCAGAUGUAGUGCUUAUUAAGAAACACAUGUUCCACUAUUUCAAACACAAGGACGAAGUUGUUUACGACACAAUCUGCAAUUAUUUGAAGCCAGUCACAUAUUCAGAGAACAGUUAUAUCAUUCGAAAAGGAGAGCCACUUGAUAUGAUGCUCUUCAUAACACAAGGUGUUGUGUGGACCUUUGGAAAUACUACUAGUCCUAUGAGUCGCCUUCAAAAAGGUGAAUUCUAUGGCAAUGAGCUCAUAGAAUGGAGAUUAAAAUCAACAUCAUAUGAUGAGUUUCCUAUCUCACUUGUUAAUGUUAAAACCCACAACAAUGUUGAAGCCCUUGCUCUUAUGGCCAUUAACUUGGAACGUGUGCUCUCCAAAUGUUGGUACAUGUUUUCUCGCACCUACUCAUCUAUGCCUGAGAGCUUGAAGCCUUUUGCAAUUGAUUUUCUACAACAACUAAUGUUGCGUUGGGCUCAAAGGAGAAGGAAAAAAAUUAAGUCACGUCAGUCCGGAGAGAUAUCAGUAGACAUGUACUGAGAUAAAGUUACUAUAUAGUGUGCGUACAACUUUGAUGAUAUAGUUUGUAACUUUUCUGUUUUUAACGUUAUUAAAUCAACUUAUAGUAAUAGUUGUACUAAAGUUUGGUUUGGUUGUUCUUUGUCAAUUGUUUGUAACAAUGUUUAUUAAUCAA